AAUGGAUAGCCUUCGUGAAAUUCGCCUGCUGUCACCCGGCGACUGGUUGCACGAUGAACGUCCGAGCAUUAUGUCUGACCACGAUCCUCCAUGCGGCCUCUUUAAUCCGAGGGUACACAAUCAACAUCACCAUCAACGCAGUUGACACCACGCCAAAAUAUGUCGACUCCUAUCACGCGGCACCGUUCGUGUACCGCCCUGUCCACCACAUUCAUCGACGGCCCAAACCCUCCUUGCGGCCUUAUCACCACCACCACCACCAUCGCUACAACGGACACUACUACCCUUCCAGACCGUACCACGCAUACCACCGUGUGCCUCCCAAGGAACACUACUACCAUUACAAGCCUCGUAUAAAUCGUCCAGCUGAGCUUCAUCUGAAUCGUCCCGAAGAGCUUCAUCUCAAUCGUCCCGAACCGCUUCAACUGAAUCAUCCCGAACAACAUUCCUUAGACAGCUCGGAACCCCAUACGCUGAAGCUUCCCGAGUACCAUCUCCUGAAUCCUGCUGAACCAAACCGUCCAGAGGAGCACCAAGCAGCUGCUGCUGUCCCCGCACAGCAGCAGCAGCCUGAACCGCAGCACGAAGAGGCAGCGGACGCGGCUCAGCGGCCGGCCUACCAGCCGGCGGCGUCGGCGUCGGCGGGCGGCCUGGGCAAGUUCCUGCGUCGGCCGCCGUUCGCGCGUCCCGGUAGGACGGGCAGCGGCUCAGACGUGUGCUUCGGAGGGGCGCGCUGCACGUUCUUCCUGCAGUGCUGGAUGGCCGGCGGAUCGCUGGGCUCUUCCUGCGGACCGCUGCUCUCCUGCUGCAUCACGCCCUCGGAUGCCAUCAUCAAGCCCCGCUACUACGGUCCCGUCAAGAACGACCCCUAUUGCGGGCGUAGUGGAGGUCGCAUCAGCCGGAUCGUGGGAGGCAAGGAAGCAGAGUUCGGCCAGUUUCCCUGGCAGGCGUUCAUUCAAGUCUCCGGAAGCCGGUGUGGUGGAACCCUCGUCUCCAGGCAGCAUGUCGUCACAGCGGGACAUUGUGUCGCCAAAUACCAGUACAACCCUUCGAGCAUCCGAGUGACGCUGGGCGACUACGUGCUCAACUCGGACGUGGAGAGCAUCCCGAGCGAGACGUUUGGCGUGCGUCAGAUCCGCAUCCACCCCAACUUCCGGUUCACGCCCCAGGCCGACCGCUAUGACGUGGCCGUGCUCGUGCUGGACCGACCCGUGGUGUACAAGCCUAACAUCCUGCCCAUCUGCCUGCCGCCCAAAGACGCCCACUUCGUCACCAGGGUCGCCGAAGCCGCCGGCUGGGGCGCCCUUGAACCCGGCUCCAAGGUGCGGCCCAGGGUGCUCCAACACGUCCACGUCCCGGUUCUGCCCAACCAAGUCUGCGAGAGCUGGCACCGGCGGCAGGGCAUCAACAUUCGCAUCCACGAUGAGAUGCUCUGCGCUGGAUAUGAGCGUGGGGGCAAGGACUCCUGCCAGGGUGACUCCGGGGGUCCCCUGAUGCUGAACGACUACGGCGUCUAUUACCUGAUCGGCAUCGUGUCAGCCGGCUACUCCUGCGCCAAAAACUACCAGCCUGGAAUCUACCACAGGGUCAGCAGUUCGUCGGACUGGAUAUCGUCCAGCCUGUACUAGUUACCCCCGGGUGAACUGUCGGAAAUUACCCGCGUGGCUUGCGUGCGGUGCGGUGCGGCGCGCUGUCCAGGAACGCAGGUGGAACUGCGCAAGCAGCUGCGAACUUUGCGGCUCUAACCAGGAAGCAUCGGAAGUGCGCAAACCUUAGGACUAUGUCCUUGAGGUUUCCAAAUGUUCCCAAAAGAGUUACACCAGUCUUUAUUAUUUCGAGCCGAACGAGUCAGCUUACCGUCGUUAUGGUCUUCGAAACUUUUCGGCGUAACAAUUUUUUGUCGAUGUUGUUGUUAGUUUUAUGCGCUCUUGUUCUGAUGUUGUUGUUUAUUUUUAGAUAUUUUUAAAAGGACAAUUGCGUUCAGGUUUAGUGCAAUGGAAGCAGUCGUUGCGGGAACGAUGGCACUGCUCGUGCCGCCGUGACGACGUGGCGACUGCCGGCGUGCGUUCUUAGUUCAAGUGUUUUAGAGAAGAAAAAAAAAAGCUACACUAAUGUAAUGUUCUGUUUGCUGGCCAAGCAGCAUUCGCUCCGGAAAUAU